AUAAAGAAAAUUAAAAUUGUUUGAACUUUGGAGAAACAUUUUUUUUUCUUUUGGUUUAGCAAACUUUACUCUUUGAGAAGAAAGAGUGGAAAAGACAAAGACACUGUCCAGCUCCGACGACGACGCGCUUGGAAAGAUCACGACGAAGAAACAAAACGCAAUGUCGUCUUCGUCGUUCACGAGGCUCCACAUUACAGCACUGGACGCUAUCGUGAACGUGAACUCCCUCUUCACCCUCGCCGUCUUCGUCGGCCUCUCUUGGAACCCCAACGACCCCUCUAACAACCUCAACGCCGAUCCAGCCUGCUCUCCCACCGCCGCCAUCGCCGAGAAUCUCGUCGCCUUCCACGUCUACUCUUUCAGCUCCUUCCUAUUCUCCAGCCUCGUUGCCCUCGCCCUCAAGCAAGCCAUCCGCCUUUCCCGUCACAACAACCACCACUUCUCCAUCAACUACCCCGCCGCCGUUGAGUUCAUCGCCGCUCGCAUCAACCGCUCCGCUCUCCGCGCUGGCAUGCUCGUCUCCGGCGCCGGCUCUGUUGUUGGGUGCGCCUUCCUUAUGCUCGCACUCGUCAACGUUGUCCAGAUCAAGCUAGGAACACUCGCCUGCGGCAGCGCCCACGCCUACGCCGCCGUCGUGCCACUCCUCAUACUCGUCCCCAUCGCCCUCCUCAUUUACGUUUCCGUUGUUUUGUACGCUUUUACUCGCUAGGGUUCUUGUUCUUUUUGUACUUUGUGCUCUGCAAUCACCUUGAAUGAACGGGACUAAUCUUUUAUUGUUUCUUCUUAUUCGAAAAUUAAAUCCUGAAUGCCUGAAUUUAUUUAUUUAAAUCUUGUCCUGUGAUGUGACUAAUUUUAAUUUAUGUGGUUUUUGUUGUAAUUAUUGUUUUCUUUUGUGCUGAAUUUGUUUCGAAUGAAACACAGUAAGAUGGUGAAUUGGAAAGUUUGGUUGAAUUGGACCAUGUAAUCAUGAUGUUAUAGUUAGUAUCACUUUAAAUGAGGACUGGUGAAGUUAUUAAAUUCAUAUUCAUGUAAAUGUAAGUGUUGAUUUUGUUAAUCAUAGUUAGUAAGGUAUGGAU